GAGCGGGCGGGGCCGCCACCACAGCGCCGCCACCACAGCGCCGCCACCACAGCGCCGCCACCACAGCGCCGCGCCCUCAGCCCCGCUCAGCCCCUGCGCUCAGGGCCAGCCGUGGUACCGCAGCGCCACGGUGAUGUCCUGCAGCCACUCACCGCCACCUCAAGAUCCCCCUCAGGGCCGUGUAACCCUGAUGGCAGGGCUGGUUGACGCCGUCCCCUCAGGGCGCCGUAAUGCCCUCGUGCCCUCAAGGCUGACAAAGUCCCCCAUUCCCUCAUAACCCCACGAAGCUCCCAUUCCCUCAGGGUCCCACAGUGCUCUCCGUCCCCUCAUGGCCUCAUGCAGCCCCCAUCCCCUCAGGGCUAACAAACCCCUCCAUCCCCUCAGCAGCCCCACAGUGCUCUCCAUCCCCUCAUGGCCCCACGAAGCCCCAUCCCCUCAGGAGCCUCGCAAAGUCCCCCAUCCCCUCACGGCCCCAUGAAGCCCCAUCCCCUCAGGGCUGACAAAGCCCCCCCCACCUCAUGGGGGUUGCUCUCUCACCUCUCAUGGUCCCAUAAAGCCCCCACUCCCUCGUGCCCCCACCUCCCAUGCACUCACACAAUCCCACCCCAUGCCCCCCUCCUCUUUGCAAUCCCCACCCCUUGUUCCCCAUCCCCACGACGACGUCUCUCCUUGUGCCCGCAGGUGCUGUCAGCUCCAACCCACAACCCCGGCUCUCUCUGAAGCCCCAGCAGCCAUUCACGUCAGGACACCCUCAGGCAGCCCAAGGGAGGAAGGCAAAACUCAGGCAGAAGCACAGCAGGAGUCCCAGCAGACCCGCACACCAUGUUCUACAUGCAUUUGCUCGUGAACAGGCGUGGGCCUCUGGCCAAGAUCUGGCUCGCUGCCCACUGGGAGAAGAAGCUCACCAAGGCUCACAUCUUCGAGUGCAAUUUAGAGGCUACCAUUAAAAACAUCGUUUCGCCAAAGUUUACAAUAGCUCUGCGCACCUCUGGGCACUUACUGCUGGGAGUGGUGCGGAUCUACCACAGGAAAACAAAAUACCUCCUGGCAGACUGCAGUGAAGCUCUGACAAAAAUGAAGACAGCCUUUCGUCCAGGACUUGUUGACCUUCCAGAAGAGAGCUGUGAGGCUGCUUAUCAGUCCAUUACAUUACCUGAAGAAUUUCAUGAUUUUGAAACAACGCUACCUGAUUUAAAUGCCAUUGAUGUUGCUGAGCAUUUUACCUUGAAUCAGAGCAGAGCUGAAGACAUCACACUUAAAGAGGAUUAUGAAAGCAAUGUACUUCUCUGUGAUAGGAACUUUGAUGAGGAAUCAGAUGCACUGAGAAAACAGAGCUGCUUCGAUGUGAGCAUCCUGAUGAGCAGCUGCAGCCUCGUGGCUGAUCACAGCUCUGCAAGCGUGAGUGGAGACAAGGCUGCUGUGCAUGAGGGCUCGUACUGCUUGGAGCAGGACUGCUUCGGGGAUGAGGAGGCUGGUGCAGACAUGAUUGAAAUCUUAUUGAGGGAUGAACAAAAUGGCCUAACUAAUGGCAUUCUUGAUCUGGAGGAAGAACUUCCUUUGUCACAAGACCUGCAAGAGAACAGCACAGCCGCCGAGUCCAACCAUGCAGACACUGCAGUGAAGACAGAAAGUCAUCUCAUGAAUGAAACAAUGCUUUUGCCUAAAGAAGAAGAAGGAUUUGUGCUUGAGCCAGUUGAUGAUACAGAUUUCAACCAGAGGAAAAACAAUAAAAGGAAGAGGAAGCUGCUUGUGGAUGCAGAGAAGGAGCUUAGCUGCUAUGCUAUAUACCACCAGCUUAACAACAGCAUGGGCACCCUUGUUGCAUUAGACCUUGCACCUCCAACUAAACAAAUAAUGAUGUGGAAAGAAUCAGGAGGAGUGGAAACACUCCUGUCCCAGCCUGCACAGCAUUUGUUUCAUGCUGAGCUACAAACGUUCUUUGCAAAAUGCUUCAAGAGAGGUAGAUUUGAAAUGAGAAGAAAUGUAACACAGAUGGAGAUAGAAAAAACGAGGAAGGAGCAAGAUGCCACAGAGAUGCUGAUAACAGACGAAUCGGGUUACCUGCAGGAGUUGGACUGCUCAGAGGCUGAGAGAAAAACUGACAAUGAUUUGUUUGCACUGACAUCAUGGAAUAGCAGCAAUGGAACUGUUAACGGCUUUGGUGAAACCCUGCAGGAUGAAGCUGCUUUCUCUGAGAGCUCCAUGCUGGUGAAUAAUUCAAUGGGCCAAGAAGCUCCAGUGCAGCAAGCUGAGAUAACACACGAUCUAGAAAUGGAAAAUAAAGACAAUGAAGAAAUUAAGUGGAGCAAAAGAACUCUUCAGUUGUUAAAAAUCUUGCAGCACCUGAACAAAUCUGGAGUGAAUUCCUUCAGCUUACAGGAGCUCUGUCAGAAGAAUAACCGGAAAGAAGUCGCAGUGAAGUUUUACAUCUUCCUUGCUCUGCAGAAGCAGAUGGUUGUUGAGUUGGUUCAGCGUGCUCCGUUUGCAGACAUCACAGCCACUGCCGGCCGAAUGUUCAGUGCCCACUGAAAUCACACAGCAGCCAGAUAAGCUCAUCAAAACACCAUUCUAUUCUCUUUUUCCUGCAAAAAAAAAUGGAACUCUCAUCAAACUACAGUGAACUGAGCAGAGUUCUUUCAUUCCUGUGCCCUCUCAGAACCACACGGUAACGAAUUGGUGCCGCUGUGUGGCUGCAGUGUUGGUCAGCAAGAUGCUCACUGGUGUGUUCAGUUUCAAUGUAGAUAUGUUUAUAAAACAAGCUGUUACUCACUCUGUUGAUAAUAGGUAGCUAAAAUACAUGCUCCCCCUCAGACAUUUACAGCAUGAUGAAAGUUCUUCAAAGCCUUUCUUAGAGUCCAGUGUUGGAAAUUAGGUUAUUUUCAGCUUGUGUGUGUUAAUUAGGUACCAUGGUCAGAGAAGGGAAGUCCUCUAAGCUAUCUUUGUAUUUAUUCAAAAUUAUUUAUUUCAGAGAAUGUUCGCUUUUGUCGUGUUAAGCUCUAACAAGCAGCUGUCUGCAGCAAUGCUGUUAUUUGGUGAGAUGCAGACUUCUGCUGUCCUUGAGGUCAGGAGAAAAUCAUCCUUCCAAGAACCCCUGCAAUGUUCCAUUUUGUGGGGCGUUUAUACAAAGACUAACAGCUUUCCUUAUGCAUAGGCCAAUGUAAAAGUGGCUGUUUGACUGGAAUGUUAGUGAUCCUUUGUACAUUUAUCUAAUUUAUUUAACACCUGUACUGGCAUUCUGUAACCUUGCUAAUUUCCAUGUGUUGAAAGCAGAUGCAGCAGCGCAGCACGGAGUGGCUGUGUGCAUUUGGUGCUCCAAAACAUCCCAGUGCUCUGGAUGUGCUGACACCUCUUUAUAUGGAAUCAAUAAAAGUUUGACCAAGA